AUGAUAAAAGAAAGCACGAAGGUCGAGUCUUCGUUUUAUGUCCCUCUCCUACAGGAAUGCAUAGACCAGGUUUCACUUUCCAACGCUGAAGCAGUUCAUGCCCACAUCAUGAAAUCCGGUACCCAUCAAGAUCUAUUCAUUUCGACUUCUCUUGUGAACGUUUACGGGAAAUGUGGAUCCAUGGAAAACGCACAGAAAGUAUUUGAUUCCAUGCUGAGAAGAAAUGUUGUCGCAUGGACGGCGCUGGUAACGGGUUAUGUUCAGAAUUCCCAACCAGAGACCGCGAUCAGUGUGUUUCAGGAUCUGCUCAAAGGUGGGUCUUAUCCGACAAAUUUCACUCUAGGAGCAGUUUUGAGCGCUUCUUCUCUUUUGAAUUCUCUAGAAUUGGGGAAACAAAUUCAUGGGUAUGUUAUUAAAUAUAGGAUUGAAGAUGAAACAAGCGUCGGAAACUCGCUUUGCAGCCUAUACUCGAGCCAUGGCCACUUGGAUUCUGCUGCCACUGCGUUUCAGAAGAUCUGGGAAAAGAAUGUGGUUUCAUGGACUGCAGUGAUCUCUGCCUGCGGAAGAAAUGGCAAAUCUCUAAAAGGAUUGAGAUUAUUUCUCGAAAUGUUGGCCGAGGGAGUUGCACCUAACGAGUUCACAGUCACCGUCGUGUUGAGCUUGUGCUGCACCAUGUCAUAUCUUGGCAUAGGAUCGCAGCUGCAAUCACUGAGUACGAAACUCAGAUUCGACUCGAACUUACGGGUUAAAAACUCGCUCAUGUAUCUAUACCUGAAAUGCGGAUUGACGAUGGAGGCCGAGAAGCUCUUUGAUGGAAUCGGUUCAGCUAGCUUAGUGACAUGGAAUGCUCUAAUCGCAGGCCAUGCCCGGAUAAUGGAAACUAGUGACGAUGAUCUCUCGACACAUGGAAGCGGAACUGAGGCUUUGAGGAUAUUCCUAAACCUACAACGUUCGGAUUUGAGACCCGAUCUGUGCGGAAGCAUAGAAAAUGCGAGUAAAGCCUUCACAGAGAUGUCAACGAAGACAUUGAUAUCUUGGACGUCAAUGAUUUCGGGAUUGGCAAGCCGUGGGAAAUCCAAUAGAGCGUUAAAACUGUUCGACGAGAUGAGAAAGAAUGGAGUUACACCGAAUGAGAUAACCUUCACGGGCGUUUUAUCGGCUUGGACAUUACGGAUGUAUCAUUGA